GCGACACGAGCGCGCAUGCGUAGCACCAAUUUUUCACCGAUGGCGUGGUUGUUGCGCAUGUGUAUCAAAGGAUCCGCCCACCUGAUCCAGACCGUGCAUGAGCGGUAGAGGCAGUGUUCCCUGGUGUAAUAGUGUUUCCAGACAUUGACAGUAUGUGUUUUUGCUAUAACGAGAGUUCCAACUAGAUUCGGCCCGAUGGCAGCAGUUGGAGUGUUGAGCGCACUGCGCAGGUGUGCGGCGCGUGGUGGUUGCUGCAAAUUGCAGGGUCUGAGCCUGAGUGGAGGUCAGUGCAGGCAAGUGCAGAGCACUGGCUGUCUGUAUGCAAAGAAGAACUUACUAAAGAAAUUCCUCUCUAAAUCAAAGAAGAAGUUUUGGUAUGAAAGCCGCACACUGGGAUCUCAAUUGCUUUAUAAGCCCUCCAGUUUGGAGAAUGUAUUGAAACCUCAGCGCAAAUUGCAGAAAGAGCACACGAUCCGAAUGAGAGCGCUCAACAAUAUUCUUUAUAAAGCAAUCACAGAGCUGUUGGACAGUAAUGAAGUCAGCUCAGAAGUAUAUGAGUAUAAAGUUGAGAUAUCCAAAGUAAUGUUGACUGUGGAUUUUUCAGCAUGUCGAGCCUACUGGGUGGCAAGCGGUUCAGUGGAAAAAGAUGUUCGUGUUCAGCGAGUCUUAGAAAAAUGCUCUUCACGUAUAAGGCACCUUCUCAUUUCCCGGCAAGUCAUGGGUAGCGUUCCUCCAUUGGUCUUUGUUAAAGACCAACAGCAAUCAGCGAUAGCUGAGGUUGAAAGAUUGUUAGAAAUUGCUGAUUAUGGCUCUGAAGAAGGGACUAUGGUUAUUGAGCAACUGUGGAACCGAAAGCAUUUUAGACAUGGUCCUCCAGACUCCACUUGGAAGCCUAUUUCUCAAGAAUCUACUUCUGCCUCAUCUGAUCUGCCUUCAUCAUCUCCUGAAAUGGAUCAUUUUGGUAUUGACCAUGACAUGCUGAACAGAAAAAUAUUGGAAUAUAAAAAGAAAAUUAGUGAAAGAUCAUCAGAACCAAAUAAUUUUAUGUUAUUGGCACAGCACCAGGAGCAACUGGAUCACCUUAAAAAACUGAAGCAACUAAAAAAGAAAAAAUCCAAGUAUAAGCUUGAUGAUAUCACACCUGAGAUGUACUUUUUAGAAAAGUACAAUAUGGACUCUGCAACAGCUGACACUUUGUCAGAUGGGGAAGAGCAGCUGAAGGAAAUGGAUGAAGAAAUGAUGGAACUUGAAGCAGAGGAAGAUAAUCCAAAAAGUCACUUAAAAUCUCUUAAAGAUGUAUAAUUAUUGAAAUGUGUAUUUGAGGCAUAGCUUUCUCAAUCUCUGCAGAUGGAGAGUAAAUGCUGAGCUACUGAACUUUGUAUUUAAAAAAAUGUAACUUUUCACUUCCCCUGGGUUUCCUUUUUAUGAAAAGCUAAGUACUGUGAUUUUUCAUGAGGCAAUCAUUUUCUGGUACAAACUAUUGUUGUUUUGAUAACUUUUUUGGUGAUUAAUGAACAAUGAGUAAUGCUGUUGAUUAGUGAUAUGUAUUGAGGUUAGACCUAAAUUUGAUCCAGUAGGUAUAUGAAAGUCAUGUGGCUUGAUGUAGGAAUAUAAAAGAUGCAUCAAACUUGUCCCAAACCUCACAAGGUAGCGUACCAAUCAGUUUGUUUUAAUGUUAUAAUGUUCCUGUUCACCAGAAAAGAUGAGUCCAUGAGUUCAGCCAUCAGUGGAGAAGAUGUUGAGGAACACCAAGAUUUGGUUAUCAUUUAAUUCAUCUGCACAGCCACUUAGAAUUUCUUUUCCACUGGUGUUCUUUUUUGUGUUUGUUAUUGCUGAAAAUGGUAGUUGAAAUAACCAUUUUUAUUGAUACUUGUUUUUAAAAACUAUAAAUGUUUCAAAUUUGGAUUCUAA